AUGCAUGAUCAUGGUUAUAACAGAGUUUGUAAGGCUUUUGCUAAUGUCACAGCAUUUUCCAGUUGCCGCAUUGCUUUUCUCAUCUUCAUUGGUUCAGCGCGGGAUUCGGCGCGGACGAGGAGAAGGAACGAGGAGGGAGGAGCUGAGUUGCGGACGCUGCUCCGGAGCAUCGCCUGGGUUCUCGAUGAUGAUGAUGAUGAUGAUGAUGAUGCGAAUUUGUGGCGGGAAUCGGGUGAGGGAAGCCCUAGACUCAUCUCUGAUGACAAUUUUAGCCUUGAGGAAGAAUUAGGGCUCGAUUUGGAUUCCGUCUCCGAUUUCAUGGAGGAGGAGGGGGGAAUUGAUGGCGAUGGCGUUGAGGAAUCGGCGCCGGAGUUGGAGUCGAUGCAAAAUGGCGGAUCGGGAGAGGAGGAUUCGAUGGAAAGAAGAAGAGGAAGAGAGAAUCGUGAGAUCGAGUUUCGCGACACCCUGCUCCGGAACGUACUGUGGGUUCUCGAUGAUGAUAAUGAUGAGGAUUCAUGGUCAGAAUCGGGUGAGGUAAACCCUAGACUCGUAUCCGAUGAUAAUCUCUGUUUCCGCGAGGAAGAGUUAGGGUUACACUUGAAUUCCGAUUCCGAUUUCCUGUCGGAGAACGAGGAGGGGGAGGGCGACGGCGGCGAGGUGGAGGAAUCGGUGUCGGAGUUGGAAUCGAUGCAAGAAGCCGAACCGCGUGAGGAUAGCUGUAGGUGUGAGGACCAUUUCCUUUGCGAGUGCCCGCGGAGACGGAUCAUAGGGUUCGAAACUGAUUCUUAUUCUUGUUCGGAUAUUGGGCAUGUAUUAUCAGAUGAAGCAACAGAUGUAGAGCUGGAGGACGAGGAAUCGGUCGCAGGGAUGGAAUCAAUACAAGAAGAUGAAUCAGCAGAGGAUAGUUGUAUAUAUGAAGACCAUUUCCUUUGCGAGUGCCCGCGGAGACAUAUUGUAGGGUUCGAAACAGAUUCCUUUUCUGUUUCCGAGAGUGUCGUAUCAGAUGAAGAGGCCGACUCGGAGCUGGUUUGCAUUGGCACGGAAGAAUCAGUCUCGGAGUCGCAAUCUCUGGCAGAUGAAGCAGCGGACUGGGAGCAGGAGGACGUCGAUGGCUCAAUGGUUGGGUCUGAUGCAGAGGAGUCGGUCUCGGAGUUUGAGUGGAUGCAAAGAGGAGACUUGGCCGGCGAAAAUUGUACUUAUGAGGACCAUUUCCUAUGCGAGUGCCCGAUGAGACAGAUCAUCGGGUUUGACUCAGAUUCAAAUUGCGAAUCAGAGGUUGAGCCUACCAUGUCAGAUGAGGAGGAGGAUUCGGAGCAGGCCGAGAUCGAUGCCCGUUUAGACGAGUGGGGGGAUGUGAUCAGUACGAUUUUCAACACUGACAUGGAGGAAUCGGAGUUGGGUUCAGAAUCACCACAGAGAGAAGAACCAGCCAAUGUAGAUCUUCCGGAUCAAAAUAUCGUACGGCUUUUUGAUGAUUCGGCCUCAGAGUUGGAGUCGACGCGAGGAGAAGAAGACCUAGACAGUGCUUAUUUAUCACUGCUUGCUCUUGAGCUUCGGAGACUCACAUUCGCUCUUCGGAGUGAUGAUGACGUACCUAUAAGUGGAAGCCGACGGGCGGCUUGUAAGUUGGUAGUUGAGCGCCUCCCUUCGGUCCUUCUCGUGGCUGAGGAUCGUGGGGAGGCGGACGACGACAUGCUUUGCGUGGUCUGCGACGACGAGAUUUCUUUAGGCGAAUGGGCGACGCUGCUGCCGUGUUCUCAUUAUUACCACGGGGAGUGCAUCUUGCCGUGGCUUAAGAUUCGGAACACAUGCCCGAUGUGUCGCUAUGAGCUGCCCACAGAUGCUGAUUAUGCUAAUGACUAUUUUGACUUGUUUUCCAGCGUUUAAUUGUCCGUGACAGCCAGAGGUGAUUAUCUCAUGCCCUCACUCUGAGAGUCAUCAGAGGGAAGAAAGGUUCACUUGCCGGAAAAAAAUGGCGAUAAAGGUUUGCAAUGUAGUUAUUUGGGAAUUGGAUUCUAAAGAUACUUAAAUGCUUUUGUUCAUACAUACUCCAUAAAUGCAUGCAUUCGUACAUCUUUUCUCGAUUCAGAAUGAUUAGCAUGUAUAUUACUGUAAAAAAUUAUAUGUUCUGUUACUGUGAAGCUAUGUGUUCUGUUAUUGGAAAGUUAUAUAUGUUCUCUUAUAUCAAUAUGAAAA